GAUGACGUAAUUGUAUUAAUUUAUAUCUUUCAUAAAAUAAAAUAAAAACAAAUCACUUUCUCUAACAUAAGCUCAAUUUUCACCAUUUUCAUCUCCAAUAAAAAUAUUUCAAACCCAAGAAAAUCAAGAAACAAAGUUUCUCUCAAAUCGCUCCGAUGUAUCAAAUCUUCUUCUUCUUUCUUCCACUCCUCCACAGUUACCCCCAUGUCUAUGCUCAGCCUCCUCCUCCGUUCAGAAACGGUGACCUCGUCGCCAAUUUCGAGCCGAGUUUAGCCGUCGUCACCGGAGUUCUCGCUAUCAUGUUCGCACUCACGUUCGUCCUCCUCGUCUACGCUAAGUGCUGCCACAUCGAUCUCCGAUCAGAUUCUGGCGACAGAAGAAGGCAUGAUCGUCGGCUCCGCCAAGGAAUAUUCUUUAACCGGUCAACGACUUCAUCGGAUCGAUUCUCCGGUUUAGACAAAACAGCAAUCGAGUCUCUUCCUCUGUUUAGAUUCUCUGCUUUGAAAGGAUCAAAACAAGGGCUUGAUUGUUCUGUUUGUUUGUCUAAAUUCGAAAGUAUUGAGAUUCUUAGAUUGUUGCCUAAGUGUAGACACGCUUUCCACAUCGGAUGUAUCGAUCAGUGGCUUGAGCAACACGCAACGUGUCCUCUCUGCAGAGAUAGAGUCUCCAUGGAAGAAGAUUCCUCUGUUUUCUCUAACGGAAAUAGUUUCAGGUUCUUGAAUCAGUCUGAGAUUAGAGAAGAUUCGAGCUUGGAGCUUUACAUAGAGAGAGAAGAAGAAGAAGAUAGAAGACAGAGAGACGAACUUGGUGGGUCGUCGAGAUUUAGCAUCGGAGAGAGUUUUAGGAAGAUUCUGAAAUUAGGUAAUAAAGAAAAAACGUUACUUGAUGAACACGGGAACAGCGAUAAAGACGAGAAGAAGCUUAUGCAUAAGUUCAAUCAUAGGAUCGUUGUGUCGGAUGUUGUUUUUAAGAAUCGUUGGAGCAACGUGAGUUCGUCUGAUUUGAUGUUUUUGAAUUCAGAGAUGGUUAAUUCGAUUUCUAGUGAGAGAUUUUUGUCGAUUGAUCGAGCGAAGAGAGGGGAUGAAGAGGACCAGAUAGGUAUCUUGCGGAUCAAGGAAGAGAUGGAAGCGAAGAGAAUGUUGGAGAACAAGUUAACUUCGAUGAAAACUAUGUUUUCGCCGGAAAACGGAGACUCUGGUUCGAAAUCUAGAAGUGUUAUGAUCGAACCGGGACGAAGAUCGGUGUCUGAUAUCACUGCGGUUCCUAGACUCAGUAUAUCGGUUCAUAGAGAUUGCAGCGGUUCAGCCGCAGGGACUGCGUCUGCGUUACAAAACGGUGGAAAUGAGACGGAGGAGAGAAGACGGCGUUUAUGGCUGCCGAUCGCUAGAAAAACCGCUCAAUGGUUUGCUAACAGAGAAAAAAGAAAUCAAAUUAACACGACACACCAACACUUUGAUGUAUAGUUUCUUUAUUUUUCUUCAAGAAUUGUAAUUCUUUUUCAGAUUCAAUUUUUCUUUAGUUAUGUUUUUUUUUUUUUUGUUAACCAGAAAAUUCGAGAUUAUUGGCCCAUAAUUAGUAGAUACGUACAAGUUUUGAUUA